GCAGUUGGUGAUGGAGAGAGGGAAUAUGCCGCUGAUGAUGAGAGGGGGGAGAAGAAAGGUGGGCUAACUUGAUGGCACUGUUAUAUGCCGCUGAUGACACAGGUGAGUGGGAGGUUAGGGAUGAGAGUGCAGUUGGCGAUGGGGAGGGGGAAUAUGCCACUGAUGACGCAGGUGAGUGGGAAGGGGAGUGGGGGCUAUUGGCAACAGUGGAAAUGGCGGAAGCGGCAGCGGCGACGGCAACAGUAACAACAAUAACAUCUACAACAACAAUAUUGGAGGUGGAGCAGGGGUUGGCAGAGGAGAGGCAAGGAACGGGCUGGAUUGGCGAGAAGGGUGGGAUGGUGGACAACAACAAUGACAAUAACAACAAUGACAACAACAAUAAUAGCAACUUUAACAACGGCGACGACCGGCGAAUGGGCCAACUGGAUGAGAUAGGAGUGAAGGAGGAUAACAACAACAACAACAACAACAACAACAACAACAACGACGACGACGACGACGGCGACACCAACGCGAUGUAGGAGAGGGGAGAGAACAUCAAUGACAUGGAGGAGAGGAGAGAACGCUGACAACAACCACAACAACAACAACAAAGUUAGCAAAAACAA